AACUAGACGUUAAAGCUGUUUGUUUUGUUUUCGAAUUCAUAGUUGAAGUAUGAAUUCAUUGUUUAUCUAUUGCGCUGAGGGAUUAAUAUUUUAUUGCUUGUUCUGAUAUUUUGUAUUCGCUUCAUAUAAAAAUGGCUGCAAGUAAAAUAGAACCCUUAUGGCAAGACAGGGAUAUUAAAUUCGAUUUAUCACCAGCAGAAAUGCAGUUUCAUUGUGGCGAAAAAUUGAUCGAUAAAUUGGAUUCUGUUGAAGAUACCAAAGGUAAUAGUGGGGAUGCUGGAAAACUUUUUGUUACUAAUUUACGCUUGAUUUGGCAGUCCUAUGUAAAACCUAGAGUCAGUUUGUCUGUUGGUUAUAAUUGUGUUACAAAUAUGUCAACGCGAACAGUAAAUUCAAAGCUGAGAGGUGUGACUGAAGCAUUAUAUAUUCUUACUAAAGUUCAUAGCACACGAUUUGAAUUCAUUUUUACGAAUUUAAUACCAGGCACUACGAGGCUAAUGACAUCUGUUAUAAGUGUUUAUAAAGCGUAUAAUUCUAGCAAGUGGUAUAGGGAAUUGAAAUUAAGAGGCAGUGUUGUACUUAGCAAACAAUUAAAAGUCUUGCCUCAGGAACAGAUUUACAGUAAAGUUAAUGGAGUCUGGAAUUUAUCAAGCGAUCAAGGAAAUUUAGGAACAUUUUUCAUCACUAAUAUUCGGCUUGUAUGGCAUGCAAAUAUGAAUGAAUUAUUUAAUAUCAGCAUACCUUACAUACAAAUAGUUUCUCUUAAAGUAAGAGAAUCAAAAUUUGGAAUGGCACUUGUAGUAGAAAGUUCAGAAUCUAGUGGUGGUUAUGUAUUAGGUUUCAAAAUUGAUCCUACAGAAAGGCUUCAAGAAGUUUUCAAAGAAAUUUCUAGUCUAUAUCAAGUACACAGUACAAAUCCAAUUUUGGGAGUUGAUUACUUCAUUGAGGAGAAACCUCAUAUUGAUAAUGAGCUUCCUCAGUGUGCUCCACUGGAUGAGGAUGUUGAAAUAAUAAAUUCUAAGGAAUGUGACACUUUUGCUGCAUAUUUUGCUGAUGAAAAUCAUGUUCGUGAUCGUGAACCUGUUUACUGUGAAGAACUUGGAUUAGCCGUUGAAAAAAUAAAAGAUGGGUUUACAAUGAGUAGCCUAUGGGAAGUUAUACCUAAUUCAUGAAGAUAUUUAUACCUGAUAAUAAAUAAAAAUAAGUAGACAGUUUAUUCAUGAUUAUUUGAUGUGAAUAUUUUGGCACUCCGUCCACCUUUAAAAACUGAAAAAGAAAAUUAAAUUCAGAAUUUUUAUUAAGCAAUAUAUAAUUUCAAUGUGCAAACGUUUUAAUUAAAGAACUAUAAAUGAUGAAAUAA